AACAUAUAGAUUAUUAAUAUAUAAUUUCUAUAAUUUUUUAAUAUACAAAUUACAAGAUAAAAUGGAUUAAAGAAGUGCAUUGGAUGGAAAGCCAAUUGCAAAGUGAAACGUGUCACAAUCCUAACGCUUCAUCUUCCACCGAACCAUCCCUUAUUUACGAUCAAAUUAUUGUAAUCCAUUUCAAUCUUCUUCUCCCACAAUCCAGAUUCCAAGCUCCAAUUCACAAUGGAUCGAUUGUUUCUCCUCGCCCUCUCGGUGCUGGCCUUGACGGCGGCCUCAUCUGCGGUCGCGGACGAAGAUCCGUUGAUCCGGCAGGUUGUGUCCGGCGGCGAGGACGACUCUCUGCUCAACGCCGAUCAUCACUUCUCGCUCUUCAAGAGCAAGUACGGCAAGAGCUACGCCACCCAGGAGGAGCACGACUACAGGCUCUCUGUGUUCAAGGCUAACUUGCGCCGCUCUCGGCGCCACCAGCUUCUCGAUCCAUCCGCCGUCCACGGCGUCACCAAGUUCUCCGAUCUCACUCCUAAUGAGUUCCGCCGGACCUAUCUUGGGAUCGAUACACGCCGAUCGAACAAGCUCAAGCUCAAGCUCCCCUCCCAUGCUCAGGAGGCCAAGAUCCUGCCGACCGGCAAUCUCCCCGCCGAUUUCGACUGGCGCGACCAUGGUGCCGUGACAGGCGUGAAGAAUCAGGGUUCAUGUGGAUCUUGCUGGUCGUUUAGCACCACGGGAGCUUUGGAAGGAGCAAACUUUCUCGCAACAGGAGAGCUUGUGAGCCUCAGUGAGCAGCAGCUUGUGGAUUGCGACCAUUUGUGUGACCCAGAGGAAGCCGAUGAUUGUGAUUCAGGGUGUAAUGGUGGAUUGAUGACCACUGCAUAUGAAUAUGUACUAAAAUCAGGUGGCCUUGAGCGGGAAAAGGACUAUCCUUACACCGGGAGGGAUGGUACUUGCAAAUUUGACAAAAGUAAAAUUGUUGCAUCUGUUGCUAACUUCAGUGUGGUCUCCCUCGAUGAAGAUCAAAUUGCUGCCAAUUUGGUUAAACAUGGCCCUCUUUCAGUGGGAAUCAACGCGGCUUUCAUGCAGACAUACAUUGGAGGAGUGUCAUGCCCGUACAUAUGUUCAAAGAGACGCUUGGACCAUGGGGUGCUGCUGGUUGGGUAUGGGUCAGCUGGGUAUGCCCCAAUCAGGCUGAAAGAGAAGCCAUACUGGAUCAUCAAGAAUUCUUGGGGUGAAAGCUGGGGGGAGAAUGGGUAUUACAAGAUUUGCAGGGGCAAUAACGUCUGUGGCAUCGACUCCAUGGUUUCAACCGUCACUGCGGCUGUCAUCAGCAACUCCUAAACAGAUCAGUGAACUUCUUCUCCUCAGGUCCCUUUAAUCAAUCGUGUAGAGCAUAAUAAGAUGCUGUUACUCAGUUUCUUCCCUUGUAAAUACAAAUAGUACUUAAAAAAGUUCUGUACGGUCGAAUUUCUGUGGGAUCACAGAACAGCCUUAACCGCUAGUGUUUGCCAUGUACCCCAAACAAUAUAUAAAAUGUGUGGACCAUUACCUUGGAGAAAUGUUAUGAAGCAUAUGUACUAUUUCAACUUCAUGUAAUAAUAUAUUUCUAUUAAGCAUGUGGGUGUAUUUAAUGUUAAGUUAUCUCAUGAGGUUUUGAAUUAAUCUUCUUGUCAGCU